GGAGUCUAUAUCACGUGACAGGGGCGGCGCGGCCCGGGGUGUCAGUGUGGAGGAGACUGAGCAUUCUACCUUGUAAAUACUGUUAUUUGUAUAUACUGUAAAUGAUGACAUCAGUGGGCACUAACCGAGCCCGGGGAAACUGGGAGCAGACACAGACACAGAACCAGACACAGCACAAGCAGAGGCCACAGGCUACUGCAGAACAGAUUAGACUUGCACAAAUGAUUUCGGACCACAAUGAUGCUGACUUUGAGGAGAAGGUGAAGCAACUGAUUGAUAUCACAGGCAAGAACCAGGAUGAAUGUGUGAUUGCUUUACAUGACUGCAAUGGAGAUGUCAAUCGAGCUAUCAAUGUGCUGCUGGAGGGGAACCCAGAUACGCAUUCCUGGGAAAUGGUUGGGAAAAAGAAGGGAGUCUCUGGACAGAAGGAUGGUGGACAGAUGGAAUCCAAUGAAGAAGGCAAAGAGAAUCGAGACCGAGACAGGGAUUAUAGUAGGCGACGUGGUGGGCCACCAAGGCGGGGAAGAGGCUCCAGUCGUGGACGAGAGUUUCGAGGCCAGGAAAAUGGACUAGAUGGUGCUAAGACUGGAGGCCCGUCUGGAAGAGGCACAGAAAGAGGCCGAAGGGGCCGUGGACGAGGCAGAGGUGGCUCUGGUAGGAGGGGUGGACGAUUUUCUGCUCAAGGCAUGGGAACCUUUAACCCAGCUGAUUAUGCAGAACCAACCAACACUGAUGAAAACUAUGGCAAUAGCAGUGGCAAUACGUGGAACAAUACUGGCAGUUUUGAGCCAGAUGAUGGGACGAGACUUGAUUUCAUGGGGGUUGAGGGGUCAAAUUAUCCCCGAAAAUUUGAGACUGCUCCUGGUGCAUGGAGGACUGCGACAGAAGAAUGGGGCACAGAAGAUUGGAAUGAAGAUCUUUCUGAGACCAAGAUCUUUACUGCUUCUAAUGUGUCUUCAGUGCCUCUGCCUGCAGAAAAUGUGACAAUCACCGCUGGUCAGAGAAUCGACCUUGCUGUGUUACUAGGGAAGACACCUUCUUCAAUGGAGAAUGAAUCAACCAAUCUGGAUCCAUCUCAGGCUCCUUCCCUUGCCCAGCCUCUGGUGUUCAGUAACUCAAAACAGAGCACCAUAUCACAGCCUGCAUCAGGAAGCACCUUCUCCCAUCACAGCAUGGUGAGCAUGCUAGGAAAGGGGUUUGGUGAUGUCGGCGAAGCUAAAGGUGGUAGCACCACAGGCUCCCAAUUCUUGGAGCAAUUCAAGACAGCCCAGGCUUUGGCCCAGUUGGCAGCUCAGCACUCUCAGUCGGGUGGGAGCACCACCACUUCCUCUUGGGACAUGGGCUCUACAACACAAUCCCCAUCGCUGGUGCAGUAUGAUUUGAAGAACCCAACAGAUUCAGCAGUCCACAGCCCUUUCACAAAGCGCCAGGCCUUCACCUCAUCUUCAGCCAUGAUGGAGGUGUUCCUGCAGGAAAAGCCACCUGCUGUGACCACCUCUACAGCUGUACCUCCUGCCCCUUCCUCUCCAUUGCCGAGUAAGUCCACCUCAGCUCCACAGAUGUCCCCGGGGUCUUCAGACAACCAGUCCUCCAGCCCCCAGCCAGCUCAGCAGAAACUGAAGCAGCAAAAGAAGAAGGCCUCCUUGACUUCAAAGAUUCCUGCUCUGGCAGUGGAGAUGCCUGGCUCAGCGGAUAUCUCAGGGCUAAACCUGCAGUUUGGGGCAUUACAGUUUGGGUCAGAACCUGUCCUCUCAGAGUAUGAGUCCACUCCUACCACGAGCGCCUCCUCAAGUCAGACUCCAAGCAGCCUCUAUACCAGCACUGCAAGUGAGUCUUCAUCCACAAUCUCAUCCAACCAGAGUCAGGAGUCUGGCUACCAGAGCGGCCCAAUUCAGUCGACAACCUAUACCUCCCAAAACAGUGCUCAGGGCCCGCUCUACGAACAGAGAUCCACACAGACUCGGCGGUACCCCAACUCCAUCUCCUCGUCUCCCCAGAAGGACCUGACUCAGGCAAAGAAUGGCUUCAGCUCCGUGCAGGCCACACAGUUACAGACCACACAAUCUGUUGAAGGUGCUACUGGCCCUGCGGUGAAAUCUGACUCACCUUCUGCUCCCAGCAUCCCCCCUCUCAAUGACACAGUAUCUGCAGCUUCCUUGCUGACCACAGCCAAUCAGCACUCAUCUGCAUUGGGUGGUUUGAGCCACAGUGAGGAGCUUCCAAAUACUACCACCACUCAACACAGCAGCACAUUAUCUACCCAACAGAAUACACUUUCGUCAUCAUCAUCGUCUGGGCGAACUUCAGCAUCAACUCUUUUGCACACAAGCGUUGAAAGUGAGGCGAGUCUCCAUUCUUCCUCCAGCACUUUCUCCACUGCAUCCAGCACAGUCUCGGCGCCUCCCCCUGUGGUCAGCGUCUCAUCCAGUCUCAACAGUGGCAGUAGUCUAGGCCUUAGCCUGGGCAGUAAUUCCACCGUCACCGCCUCAACCAGAAGUUCAGUCGCCACGACUUCAGGAAAAGCUCCCCCAAACCUUCCUCCUGGGGUCCCACCGUUGUUGCCUAAUCCAUAUAUCAUGGCUCCAGGGCUGUUACAUGCCUACCCGCCACAAGUGUAUGGUUAUGACGACUUACAGAUGCUUCAGACAAGAUUCCCCUUGGAUUACUACAGCAUCCCGUUCCCUACACCUACCACUCCGCUGACUGGGAGGGAUGGUAGCCUGGCCAGCAACCCUUACUCUGGUGACCUCUCGAAGUUCGGCCGUGGAGAUGCCUCAUCCCCAGCCCCAGCCACAACCCUGGCACAGCCUCAGCAGAAUCAGACACAGACUCACCAUACCACACAGCAGACAUUCCUGAACCCGGCGCUGCCUCCUGGCUACAGUUACACCAGCCUGCCAUACUAUACAGGGGUCCCGGGCCUCCCCAGCACCUUCCAGUAUGGGCCUGCUGUAUUCCCUGUCGCUCCUACCUCUUCCAAGCAGCAUGGUGUGAAUGUCAGUGUGAACGCAUCGGCCACCCCUUUCCAACAGCCAAGUGGGUAUGGAUCUCAUGGAUACAACACUGGUGUGUCAGUCACCUCCAGUAAUACAGGCGUGCCAGAUAUUUCGGGUUCUGUGUACUCCAAAACUCAGCAGUCCUUUGAGAAACAAGGUUUUCAUUCUGGGACUCCUGCUGCCUCCUUCAACUUGCCUUCAGCCCUGGGGAGUGGAGGGCCCAUCAAUCCGGCCACAGCCGCUGCCUAUCCACCAGCCCCUUUUAUGCACAUCCUGACCCCCCAUCAGCAGCCACACUCCCAGAUCCUCCACCACCACCUGCAGCAGGAUGGCCAGCUACCAUAUUUGCAGAUGAUUCUCUGUUGCCAGCGCCAGCAGGAGGAGCAGACGGGCAGCGGGCAACGUAGCCAGACCAGCUCCAUCCCGCAGAAGCCCCAGAGCAGCAAGUCUGCCUACAACAGCUACAGCUGGGGGGCCAACUGAGGUCCUGGCCCUCUUCACCUCCUUGGCCCCCCUACCUGCCGAGAGGGCCUCUCAGCCUGACACCUAAGGAAACAGCUACAACACAAAAGCACGUGGAGCGGAGGGUCCUGCUGCCCCCCGCAGCCUGCCCCAGGCCUCAGCUUCACUUCUGAAGGCCCAUUUCUUUCCUCUCCUACCUAUCCUCUUGUAUGUAAUAUAGGAUUUGUAUUUUUUUCCUUUCUCUUUUUUCUUCUCUCCCCACACUACCCCUGCAUUCAAGAUUAUGAAACUCUUUGCUGUGGGCUCUGGCCUUCCUCUUCCUCUUCCUGCUCACCCUGGUGGUGGGAAGUGGCUGGGGGAGAGGACCCCAAAUAGAUAUCAUCAGCCCAUCAGCCCUAAGUCUCCCUUUUUAUUAUUAGGAAAACAAAACAAAAAAAACGUCAUGAAUAUGAACAGAAUUGUCAGAUGAAUUAGUUGAAGUGGUUUUUUUUUGUACUGUGUCCUCAAAUUUAAUGGAUUAAUGUGUCUUGUAUAUAUAAAAAGAAAACCUCUA